AUGUCAUAUCAAGACCAGAAGUUACCACCAUUGGCAAUCGUUGGACUGUCACUCAAGUUCCCACAAGAUGCUGUUUCCCCGGAGUCUUUCUGGGAUAUGCUGGUGGAGGGCAGAUGUGCUUCAACAGACUUUCCCUCGGACCGAUUGAAUAUCGAUGCCUAUCACAACUCAGACACAAAUCGUCUGGAUACUUUAUCCGCCCGCGGUGGCCAUUUCAUGACUGAAGACCUUGGUCUCUUCGAUGCGCCUUUCUUCUCUAUUACGGCCGCAGAGGCGGAAGCCAUGGACCCUCAGCAACGCCUAGUGUUGGAGGCAGCCUAUCGAGCAUUGGAGAAUGCUGGUUUAACAAUGGAGAAGAUCGCAAAAUCAAAAACAUGUGUUUUUGCUGGCUCAACUGGUCAGGACUAUCUGAUGUUGAAGGUGAAGGACUGGCAAUGUCUUCAGAAAUGGGACAUUUCAGGAAUUACUUCGAACAUGAUACCCAACCGCGUCAGUUGGUUUUUUGACCUUGUUGGGCCGAGUGCCGCCAUUGACACGGCAUGUUCAAGUAGUCUGCUGGCUCUUGACAUGGCUUGUCAGUCCAUUUGGAGUGGAGAUUCAAGCAUGGGAUUGGCUGUUGGAAGUAAUAUCAUUCUAUCACUGGACACAACCCUUAUGAUGGACAACUUGGGCCUCCUUUCCAAAGAUAGCCGGUGUCAAAGCUUCGAUUCGCGCGGUAAUGGAUAUGGACGCGGUGAAGGUGUCGGCGUUCUUGUCAUCAAGCCUCUACAAGAUGCAUUGCGUGACGGUGAUACUAUUCGGUCUGUAAUCCGAGCCUCCGCCUCGAAUCAAGACGGGCGGACACCUGGAAUCACGCAGCCAAGUCCUGAGAUGCAGGCUCAGUUGAUCGAAGAAACAUACCGCAAAGCAGGGCUUGAUAUGGCAGCCACGCGCUAUUUUGAGGCGCAUGGAACAGGAACUGCCGUCGGAGAUCCAAUUGAAGUCAAAGCAAUUGGGUCUGUAUUUAGACAGUAUCGAUCUCCAGAUGCUCCUUUGUAUAUUGGCUCUGUAAAGUCCAACAUCGGACAUUUGGAAGGAGGCAGUGGUGUCGCUGGCGUUAUAAAAACGGUGCUAGCAUUGGAAAGGGGCAUAAUUCCUCCGAACAGCAUGAAUUUGCAAAACCUCAACCCAAGAAUCGAUGAUGAGUUCUUUAACAUGAAGUUUCCACAAGCUUCCCUCCCGUGGCCGUCUGAGGGACUUCGACGGGCAUCUGUCAGCUCCUUCGGCUAUGGAGGCUCUAACACACAUAUUGUGUUGGAUGACGCAUUCCACUAUCUCAGGCUGAACGGCCUGAGUGGUAAUCACAGCACAGAUAUCCCGCAUCGGUCCACUAUGUGCAAAGACCACACACCGACAGACGUACAGGAUAUUGAAUCCGCCGAGCCGGGCUGGGUUUCGAUUCAGAGACGUCCGGAAAACUCACCCAAGCUGCUCGUUUGGUCUGUUGCUGAUGAGAAAGGAGUUUCUCGGCUUCAGAAAGCAUGGAAAUCUUGGUUGCCUCCGAAUGCCAAGUUAGAUGAUCUGCAGAACGGAUUACUAGAUCAUUUGGCAUAUACUUUGGCAUCCAGACGCACUCUUCUCUCAUGGCGGACGUUUGUUGUUUCCAACCCAUCGGACAGUUGGGCUACAAUUUCAGACAAAUUUUCGCUUACUUCCCAGGCUCGCAUUUCCCCAAACCUGGUGAUGAUUUUCUCUGGUCAAGGAGCGCAGUGGUUUGCAAUGGGUCGUCAGCUGUUGGAUGUCUUCCCAGUGUUUUCGCAGAGUGUAGAACAAGCGGGUGACUAUCUUCAUUCCUUGGGAUGUGACUGGGAUCCGAUUGAUGAACUGAAGCGUAGCGAAUCAACUUCCAAUGUGAACAAGACCGAAUACAGUCAGAUUCUCUGUACUAUUUUGCAGGUAGCAUUGGUUGAUUUGCUUCGCUUCUUGCAUAUUGUGCCCAAGGCGGUGCUUGGUCAUUCGUCUGGAGAGGUCGCAGCGGCCUACUGCGCUCGCGGGAUCACUCGAAAAUCGGCUUGGAAAGUGUCAUUUUAUCGAGGCAACAUGAGCAAAACGUUGGAGAACACAAGCGAAUUCCAGGGCUCCAUGCUUGCAGUUGCCCUAUCGGAGAAGGACGCAAACUCGUAUAUUGAGGCUGCCGCGACGCAAUUUGAUAGUCCUAAGCUGAGUGUUGGAUGCAUCAACAGCCCGAAGAGUGUGACAGUGACUGGGGAGGCGAUCCAGCUCGAUGCUCUUAGAGUCCUACUUGAUCGUGACAGUGUAUUUUGCCGCAGACUGAAAGUUAACCUGGCUUAUCAUUCCCCUCAAAUGAGGGAGAUUUCAGCUCUUUAUCUUGAAGCUUUGGGAGAACUCGAAUCAGAUUACUCCGGUCACAAUAACUGUCCAGAGAUGGUGUCCUCUGUGACUGGCAACUGGAUCGAGCGGGGGGAGACUGCCAAGGCUUCUCACUGGGUUAACAACAUGAUCUCUCCAGUUCGAUUUUUGGAUGGACUUGCCGUUCUUUGUGCAGGUUCAAGCUCAGACUCUCACAAAAGGUUGGAUGGUAGCCAUCGCAGGACCAGGUCAAUAGAUCAUAUUGUCGAGGUUGGCCCACACUCUGUUCUGCAGGGCGCCUGCAAGGACGUGCUCAAGACCAUGCAGGGCAAAAAGCCAAUAGAGUACUUGUCGAUACUGGUACGCAAUAUAUCAGCCGUGGAUACUGCAUUCUCUUUGUUUGGGACCCUGUUUGCUGCGGGUUAUCCAAUCGAUUUGAUGCGGGUCAAUGGCCAGGAUUCCGCCAAACCAGGUACUUUCAAGUGCUUGUCCGAUCUCCCCGCCUAUUCAUUCAAUCACGAUGUGCGUUACUGGCACGAGAGCGACCUCAGCAAGAAUCACCGGCUUCAAAAAGUUGGCCGGAAUGACUUGCUCGGGGUUCCUGACCCGAGCUGCAAUCCCUUCGAGAGAAAAUGGCGACACUUUCUGCGAGUGUCCGAAAUGCCUUGGAUCAAAGAUCACCAGAUUGAAAAUUCGAUCCUGUAUCCUGGAGCCGGGAUGGUGGUGAUGGCCAUUGAGGCUGCCAAGCAAACUGCGGAGCCAGGUAGAGCUAUCGUGGCAUUCAAUGCACAAGAGGUCAAGUUCCAUGCCGCCAUGAGAGUCCCUACUGGUUCACACGGGCUUGAGACAAACUUAUACCUUCGUUCCGUCAAGGGCAUGGAAUCCAAAUCAUCAGCCUGGUCUGAGUUCCGCAUUUGCACAUAUGAUAAUGCGAUAUGGACUGAGAACUGUACCGGUAUCAUCCAAACAGUGUAUGCUGCAAGUGACACAGUUCCAGUCGUUGAGCGGCGAAACAGAGAGGAAUUGUGGAACAGCCAAUUGGAAUCCUAUGCGUCUGCAGUGGCAGCUUGCACAUUGCCAGCUGAUGGUUCAUCCUUGUAUGAACGCUUGCAAAGGUCAGGUUAUGGCUAUGGAGAAGCCUUCCAGUUGAUCAAGAAAUUGUCUUUCGGUCUCCAGAAACCUGACGUAGUUGCUGAUGUGCAACAAUUCUCAUCUCGGGCGGGGGAAAUUAUCCAUCCAACCACUUUGGAUGCCAUCCUGCAAACCUCAAUUUGGACAUCGGUCGACCCGGAGUCAGACUAUAUCCCCACUGUCAUUCCAACAUCUAUUGACAGCUUGUGGGUUUCCAGCCAACUUCUUACCAAAGCAACAUCAGCUUCUUUGAAAACACAUGCCACUCGAAACAAAGAGUCAACAUUCCUCGGUGCCUCUUUCGACGUGACCGUGUUUGAUGACGAACUCAGAGAGGUUCUCGUGUCAGUCCAAGGAUUGGGAACAAGUGUCGUGAGUAAAACAGAAAGCUCACUCCGUGGGCCAGUGGCCACUGAGAAUAUCUGCCAUCACUUUGAAUGGGAACCGGAGCCUAGAUUGCUUUCUAGCGAAGAUCUCAUGAAUCUGUGCAGACACACCAAUGUCUCUGACUUGCCGAACUCGGGGGAUGAUUCCAAGGACUUGGAGUUCUUCUUCAUGUCACGCAUUGUUAGAGUUCUUCGCACUGUGUAUUUGCAGGGAAUCACUCCAUCGAAGCCGCAUCUCCAAAAGUAUGUGAACUGGAUGAAGCAACAACAAAUGUUGCUUACAGAAGGCCAGCACUGGCUUUCAGAGGACAUUUGGAAGUCUCGACUUGCUGAUGCAGACUAUGUUCGUGAGGUUGAAUCUCGUGUGUCGAGCAAAAACAGUCACGGCUCUUUCUAUACCAUGGUUGCUACCGACUUACUUGGAUUCUUGACUGGCUCUGUUGACCCCAUGGAGACCCUUUCACCGAGCGGCAGUAUGCGAGAUUUGUACCAUGAAGAGGUCAGUUGUCUCCAGCAAACUCGUUGCCUCGCUAACAGAAAUCAGCUCGGCGAAUCUCGUUGUAUAAAGCAUUUCAGCAGGUAUCUCGAACUACUGACACAUUCGGAUCCGAGGAUGAAGUUCAUCGAGAUUGGAGCGGGCUCUGGAUCCAUGACUGAUGUAAUGAUUCGAAUGCUUGGGGGUGCAGACGAAGAAAGCGAUCGAAAGUACGCCCAGUGGGAUUACACUAGCAUCUCCAACUCGGUCUUUGCUAGCGCGCAGGAUCGAUUCCGCCAGGAGACGAGUAAAAUGACCUUCAAAGAGCUCGAUAUCGAGAAGGAUCCCGAAGCCCAGGGCUUCGAAUGUGGGACCUACGAUGUAGUUGUUGCUGGUCUGGUGCUUCACACUGUUUCGGAUCUCAAAACGGCCCUGCGCAAUACUCGAAAACUUCUGAAACCGGAAGGGAAGCUCAUGAUGUACGAGGUCGUCGGCUCCGGACUCCGUUCGACGUUUUUAUAUGGCCUUCUUGAAGGUUGGUGGUCAGGUAAGCUGGGUUUUCCCACGAGAAUGGCCUCAAAGCUGAUUGUGGAAGGUUCGGAAUCAUCUCGAGCAAUGGGAGUUGGACCCUACAUCAACAAACAACAAUGGAACGAACACCUCAUCCAAGCUGGUUUCUCUGGGCUGGAUCUGGUUUUCGCAGACUCUGAAGAUCCCGUAACCGAUGAGUGCGGUAUGUUAGUCACAACGGCAAUCGAGAAUCCAUCAACAGAUCACCAGGGGAUGGACAUCGAGAUCGUCUACGACCGUGCAGAAGCUGCUCAACGCGACCUGGCAGAUCAUCUUGUCAACGACUUGAAAUCCAUAUCCAUGGGUUCCAUUCGCUGUUCCUCUAUUCAGGAAGCAGUCGAAUUCCACCCCAACGGUCCACUGCUUCGACUUGUUCUUCUAGAAGUCCAAAGCCCUGUUUUGUGCGAAAUUGAGCCUGAGCUAUUUGGCCAGCUUCAAAAUCUACUUUCCUCGACCGAGCACGUCCUGUGGAUCAAUCAAGGCGGAGGUAUAUUCCCUUCGCAGCCCCAGUCCCGUCUUGUGGAAGGCAUGCUCCGUGUUUUACGGGCGGAAAACAUCAAACGAAGACACCACUUGUUGUCUCUUGAGCCCCAGGUCUCUCUCACAAGAAGGCAACACGACCACAUAAUAAAACUUGUCAGACUCCUUUUGUCACCAGCUGCCCAAAAUGCGGAUAUGGAAUACGUUGAGCACGAGGGACUUUUGAAUAUUCCACGCAUACUUUUUUCCAGGACACUGAAUAAGGACAUCUCCCGCAUGGCCAGCUCGCAUCAGUCCGCAGUCCAGGAUUUCAAGUGCCAGAUCCCUCUUAUCUUAAAUGCCGCAUCCCCAGGGUUGCUUAAUGGCUUUGAGUUUAUUGAGGAUGAAAGUGCAUACCUUCCUCUUCAGGCCGAUGAGAUCGAAGUCGAGAUCAAGUGUGCUGGUAUCAACUUCCGAGAUAUUCUAAUUGCGGUCGGCCAGUUGAAGGCUAGUCACACUGGAUGUGAGUGGUCCGGAGUCGUCAGUCGGGUCGGUGACGCCUGCAGCAGAUUCCAAGUUGGAGAUUCUGUAGUUGGUUUGCUCGAGGGCUGUUUCUCCACCUCGGUUCGUAUGCUGGAGAAUGGGCCUAUUGUCAAGAUCCCCGCUGGGAUCUCCUUCCCCGAUGCUGCAGCAGUGUCGCUCAAUUUUGCGACCUCAUGGAUUGCAUUGCACAAUGUAGCUCGCAUCCAGUCGGGUGAAACUGUCUUGAUCCAUUCCGCGUCAGGGGGAACCGGACAAGCAGCAAUCCAAAUUGCAAAGAGCGCUGGUGCAACUGUCUUUGCGACCGUUGGUUCCGAGGGAAAGAAAAGGCUUUUGAUGGAUGUUUACAACAUUCCUGAAUCGCACAUCUUCUCCAGCCGAACCACUCUGUUUUCGAAGAUGAUAAAACUCAGAACAGGAGGAAAGGGCGUGGAUGUGAUUCUCAACUCAUUGGCAGGUGAGAGUCUAUUUGCCUCAUGGAAGUGCAUUGCUCCCUAUGGCAGAUUCCUCGAAAUAGGAAAAAGAGACAUUAUCUCGAACCAAAGACUGCCCAUGCUCAAGUUCCUAGACAACGUGACAUUCAGUGGCGUCGAUCUAGCUGUCAUGUCUGUUGAGCGGCCAGAAAUAUGUACCACUGCCCUUAAAUCAAUCUUCGACUUGAUUCAACAGGGCAAACUUCAUCCCUCUCAGCCGAUCAGUGUAUACGGUGUCGGGGAAAUGGAGAAGGCAUUCCGUAUCAUGCAGACCGGUCAACAUGUUGGAAAAAUGGUGCUAGAGAUGCGUGCACAUGAUCAAGUAAAGACUAGGCCCACCUUCUCUCUGGACUCGCAUGCAACAUUUGUUGUAUCCGGUGGCCUGGGUGGUAUUGGGCGAAAUAUGAUAUGCUGGCUGGCAGAUCGGGGAGCUCGCCAUUUGCUUCUCUUAUCACGGUCAGGGGGAAAGACAGGAAAGGCCCGAGAUAUCAUCCAAUCCCUUGAAGAGAGAGGCGUCAAUGUCUUGGCUCCGAUGUGUGAUGUCUCAAACAGGGUAUCGGUGGAGGAUGCGUUGCGUGAAUGUCGAUCCUGUAUGCCUCCAAUCAAAGGAUGCAUCCAGGCAGCCAUGGUCUUGAGGGAUGGUGUCUUCGAGGGUAUCUCCCAUCAAUCUUGGCAGGAAUCCAUCCGUCCUAAGGUUCAAGGAUCCUUGAACUUGCACGAGCUUUUGCCUCGGGGUAUGGAUUUCUUCAUCAUGCUUUCUUCUGUUGCAGGUAUCCUUGGGACCAUUGGACAGACCAGUUAUGCGGCUGGUAAUACCUUCCAAGAUGCACUCGCUCGGCAUCGUGUUAGACUUGGAGAGAAAGCAACCUCUUUGAACCUAGGAGUGAUAGAUUUCGCCGGUGCUAUCGUGGAGGAUGCCCGACUUCAUGACCUCUGGAUUAAUCACAGUGAGCUUCCCCCCGUCACGGAGGCACACGUCCACGGUCUGCUAUCCACUUACUGUGAUCCUCGUGUUUGUUCUGCCACCUCCCUGGAAUGUCAAAUUGUGGCUGGGUUGUCAUCGGAGGCAGUUUCUGGUAACGAUCAAUGGAGAAUUGAACCCAUUGUUCAACAUCUGGUUGUGAACAAGAAUCCCGGUGGUGAUCAAAACACGCAAUCUAGCAGCAAGGGUGCAAGCUCAUUGCUGCAAGCCAAGUCAUUGGCAGAAGCCAACACGGUUGUCACGGAACUCUUUGCCCAUGCACUUUCUGCUGCUCUGGGUAUUGCGCCCGGGGAUAUCGAUUCCAACAAGCCGUUGCACCAAUACGGAGUUGACUCGCUCGUUGCGGUCGAGUUGCGUGGGUGGUUUUCCAAGGAAAUACAGGCGGACCUGGGGGUCUUUGAGAUCAUCGGUGGAGCAACGAUGACCUCUGUAGCACAGCUCGCUGUGAGAAAGAGCAAAAUUGUGAAGGUCGCGGGGAACUAA